CUCCUUUCCAUUGUCCAAUCAGAUGUAAGUAAGCAGAAAGUUUCCUGUUUACUUCUUCCUUGUGCUCAGCUGACUAAAAACCAUGCGGUUCCGUUUUUGUGGAGAUUUGGACUGCCCAGAUUGGGUACUUGCCGAAAUAAGCACAUUAGCGAAGAUCUCAAGUGUCAAAAUGAAACUCCUGUGUGCUCAAGUGCUGAAGGACUUGCUUGGGGAAGGCAUUGACUAUGCCAAGGUUGCAAAGCUUACUGCAGAUGCAAAGUUUGAGAGCGGAGACAUCAAAGCCAGUGUUGCAGUGCUCAGCUUCAUUUUCUCCAGUGCAGCAAAGCAUGAUGUGGACAGUGACUCUCUUUCCAGCGAACUGCAGCAGCUCGGCCUGCCUAAAGAACACACAACGGGGCUCUGCAAAUCAUAUGAAGACAAGCACUCUGCACUGCAAGACAAACUAAGAGAGACGAGUCUGAGAUUGGGGCAGCUGGAGGCUGUGUCCUGGCGCGUUGACUACACUCUGAGCUCCAGUGAACUGAGGGAGGUCAAUGAACCAGUAAUUCAGCUUAAACUGCAGGCACAAGGUGCAGAGUCAGGUACAGAGACGACUGUGGUUUCGGUUUCUGCUGACAAGUUAAGAGUCUUGCUUACAGAGCUCAAACAGGCCCAGGCUAUGAUGAAUGCACUACAGUGAAGAGUGGACAAUGAAGUUGGAGUCUAAAUGUCUGAUCAAGAGCGGGACACAAAUGACACUGACUAGCCAAAAUUCCUAUACUUACAUCUUGUACAGUUUAAUGUCUUAUAUGAAUUUUGUCAUCUCAAACGUCAGUCCUUAUUUGGAUUUACUGAUAUUUUACUGUAUUUUUCUACCACAUUAGUAAUAAUCGAUGGAAAUGUUUCCAGACUGGAUGAUUUGUCACUGAAGCAAGAAUGGACCAUUUUUGUAAAAUAUUACUUAACACCGUUUGAUUUGAAUUGUGUUGAUAAUUUGUGUUUUAAUAUAAAUAACAAAUAAAAUUUGAAAUACGGAAA